UGUGUGAGGAGGCGUGGUGUUUACUCCUCUACCUUCACUUCAUUCAGUCUCUGUCUGAGCUUCACAUCAGGAGUCAUGAGUGGACGAGUCGGCGAUUUGAGCCCGAAGCAGGAAGAAAUAUUAACAGAGUUUCGGGGGAGGAUCCAGGACAUCCUCCCCGACCUGCCUGCACAGCAUGACCACUACCUCCUUCGCUGGCUCCGAGCCCGAAGCUUCAACGUUCAGAAAUCUGAAGCCAUGAUCAGAAAGCAUCUGGACUUCAGGAGGAAGAUGAAGGUCGACAGCAUCAUCUCUGACUGGAAACCUCCGGAGGUGAUCGAGAAGUACGUAUCCGGGGGGAUGUGCGGAUACGACAAAGAGGGAAGUCCGAUCUGGUACGACGUGAUUGGUCCUCUGGAUCCUAAAGGUCUCCUCCUGUCGGCCACCAAACAAGACUUCAUGAAGACGAAGAUCAGAGACACAGAGAUGAUGCAGAGGGAGUGCAGGAGGCAGUCUGAGAAGUUGGGGAAGAACGUUGAAGCGAUCAGUCUGAUCUACGACUGUGAAGGACUCGGACUGAAACACAUCUGGAAACCAGCCAUAGAGACUUACGGCGAGAUCCUCUCCAUGUUUGAGGAAAACUAUCCGGAGGGUCUGAAGCGAGUGUUUCUGAUCAAAGCUCCCAAAAUGUUCCCGAUGGCCUACAACCUCAUCAAACACUUCCUGUGCGAGGAAACGCGACGCAAGAUCAUCGUCUUAGGAAGUAACUGGCAGGACGUUCUACGUAAACACAUCGAUCCUGAUCAGCUUCCUGUGGUGUACGGAGGAACCCUGACCGAUCCUGAUGGAGACCCUCGCUGCAGAACAAUGCUCAAAUACGGCGGCACGGUGCCGCGGUCUUACUACGUCCAGGACUCCGUGAAGGUUCAGUACGACAGCAGCGUGACCAUCAGCCGAGGCUCCGUCCUCCAGCUGGAGUACGACGUUACGGCACCGAGCAGCCUUCUGAGGUGGCAGUUUGCCAGCGACGGGGCAGAUAUCGGGUUUGGAGUGUACAGACAGACCAAAGAGGGCGGCGGGCAGAAAGUUGCUGAGAUGUUACAGAUUCUGCCCAGCGAACGCUACAACGCACACCUGGUCCCUGAAGACAGCUGCCUCACCUGCCCCGAGCCCGGAGUCUACGUGCUGUGCUUCGACAACAGCUACAGCAUCCUUCAGUCGAAGAGGGUGAGCUACAAAGUCGAGGUUCUUCCUCCUUCGGACGGGCCCAUGCAGAGUUCUCACAGCAGAGGCGACGGGAGGCUGCAGUGAUCGAGUCCACCCGAUCAGUCGACGUCAUUUCUCUGUAUUAGUUUGUAAUCUGUAAUUAGUUUAUGGUAAUUUGAUUAAAAUAGUAACUUAACAACAGGCUGAAAAUCUGUUUCACUGUUUCACUGCCCUUGCUGGUUCAUAGUUUCAUGUCUCACGUUCAUAAUUCACGGAAAACCUUCAUUUAUUUGACAUUUAAAGGAGAUUUCUAUGGAAAAAGUUAUAUUUUAAAUGACAGGCCGUUAAUUAUACAGUAAAACACUGUAAUAUUUAAUUUUUUACAACAUUUGUACGGCAAAGCAACAUUUGUUUUGAUAAAAAAACAAAAAAAACUUGUAUUUAGAUAGUAAAAUAUCUAAAAAAUUUACCGUAAAGUUAGAAAAAGUUAAACUGUAUUUAUUACGGUAAAAUUUUGACAGUUUUUUUACCAUAAAAAACAAUAAUACAAACUGUAACAGACAUGUACUCAACAAAAUAGGAUAAAAAUUAACAUACAUUUCUAAUAAAAACACAUUAUUCUUCUUUAAAGAGUUACAUUUGACAAGUUUCACAGUUUUAUUACAUGUUUUUAUUGUUAAUAACCUUAAAUUUGUAUAAAAAUCCAGUGAACACACUGAGUGAUGUCACACAGUACUGGAGUACACUUCUACAUCACUGCAGCGCAUUUGAGACGUUGAACCACCAGAGGGCAGCGAAAAACAAGAUUUUCUGCUGGUGUUAAGCCGCUCUUUAAGAUUUUACAUUUAUUUAUGAAUAUGUGAACAAAAGAUGGGUCAUGAUGUGUAAAAAAAAAAGUACAGCAUUCGGGUCGGAUCAUUCAAAACAACAACAACGACAACAACGUGAAGUUUAUUUUGAAAGAACUCAUUUCGUCGACAUUUCAAAGAACCACUUAACGUUCAAGCAUCGUUUUCUGGAGCUUUAUCGUGUUUUUAUAAACGAAACACUCGACUGAAGUUUCCGUGUUUGCUCUCGAGAGCAGGAAAAAACUAAACCGAUGUGA